AUGGCCCGCGGAUCACAGGAGGCUCAUCCAGUAUCAACUGCCGUGUGCAAGUGUUACGGCUGCUCAAUCUCAAUGAACGAUGUCUCCGGGUUGCCGGUGCUGAAUAAAGAUGUCUUAACCACAACCCGUAGUUCCAACAGCGAUUUUGUGUCUUCGUCAAGGCAGCCUAUCAAGAUGAUGUUCCUCGCCGCUUUCGUCGCUGUCGUUGGCUUUGUCUCGCUGUCCUCGUCCAAGCCAGUGGAGUCGAGAGCUGUGGUGGGCGCAUCCAAUGCGAAGACGUCCUUGACGCUCAUCUAUCAGAAUAAUUUGAACGCUUCGGAUGACAAGAACCACGUAGGAGCACUCAUCCUCGACGCCAUUCCUCAGGCCAACGCAGCAGCCGCAUGCGACUCUCUCCACGAGAAACUUCUCCCCAAAGCUACGAUUCAAAAAUUUGAAGCGGAUUUCAACGACGCUCUUUCCUAUCAAGACUAUGCCAAAUACCAGGAUGCUGAAAGAGGAUACUACAUUGAAAACGGGACCGUCUCAGUAGGCGACCAGAUAAGUUACUCGACUGUGUCAUCGGGGCCUUCGCGCAAAGAACUUCCAGUGCUAUGCACGCAGUCCGCAAAUAACAGUUCUUCGAGUGCCGGACCCGGUAAUGGUAGCACAAUUGCCGUAGCAAGUGGAAGCAACAUAUUCAUCGGCUACCGCGACCAAAAGUCCUUCCGCUUCCUAGGAGUCCCCUACGCUGACACGCCUCAGCGUUUCAAAUAUUCCUCGGUCUACUCCAGGACUAGCCAAACUAUCCAAGCAACUAGUUACGGUUCGCAAUGUGCGCAAGGGGGCUCUGGUAGUGAGGACUGCCUAUUUCUAAACAUCCAAACACCGUACUUACCCAAGUCCGGCUCAAAGAAACAGCUUCGUCCCGUGCUAUUCUGGAUCCACGGCGGAGGCUUCACGGGCGGAAGUGGUGCUGAUUCGCUUUCUGAUGGCGGCAACCUCGCGUCGAAAGAAGACUUGGUCGUUGUUAGCAUCAAUUACCGUCUAUCCACCUUAGGUUUCCUGGCCAUUCCCAGAACAGAGAUCAAAGGCAACUUUGGUAUCGCAGACCAAGUCACUGCGCUGGACUGGGUCGUUGCAAACAUUGCGUAUUUUGGCGGUGAUCCAAAAAGGAUUACUAUUGCGGGCGAGUCUGCAGGUGCUGGAUCUGUACGUACGCUGCUUGGUUCACCAAAAGCGAUUGGGAAAUAUGCAGGUGCUAUUGCGAUGUCGAACCUUGGAGGCGGUGUCACUCUCGGUCUCAGUGGCGACUAUGGAACGACGUACUCCACCUACUACACUAUCGAGCAGUCGUACAACGUCGCAGGGCCGCAGAUAUUUGCUGCGAUGGGCUGUAACGACACAGACUUGUCAGCUCAGAUCGCCUGCCUUGAGAAAAUACCAGCUGCGGAGCUGGUAGGUCUUUCAACGGUAGCGCGGUAUGUGGUGCAAGACGGCAAAUACGUUGAUACACCGAACCUCAUCCUCUCUACUCGCAAUGCGAGCACCGCACACGUCCCUGUGAUCUUCGGCAUCACGCGUAACGACGGCGCCUCAUUUUCUACUUACCCAAAGACACCCAUCUCCAAUCAUACUCAAGGCUUGCAAGUCGCGCUCAGCAUCAACAGCACCUGGGCUCAGCGCGUCAUCGAAUCGAACCUCUUUCCCUUGACAGAUACUGGCAAUCUAACACUAGAUUCAUUUAAUGUAUCCCAGCGUAUCGCAACAGAUAAAACCUUCCGUUGUAUCGACCAGGCAACCGUGUAUGCUGGUGCUUCUACUCGUGCCUUUGAGAAAGCUUACUACUACCAAUUCGAGCGCACUAUUGACGGCUAUGAUCCCAACAAUCUCGGCCAACCUGCAAACGGUAACCCGAAGAACCCUUACUUCCGCUUCCAUGGUGCGGAUAUGCCAUGGCUGUUCGGUACGUUGAAUAGAAUCCGUGAGCUCGAGGAUCUCUGGUCAGUGCAGCUGGUCAGUAGUUACUUUGGUGCAUUUGUGAGAAGUGGAAACCCGAACCCGAGCCUUCUAUAUCUUGAUGCCAGAGGGUACGACAAGGUGAUUGAAGGAGUAAAGAAGCACGGUAGUUGGGGCGAGGUUGAUGCAGAUAAGACGGGUGGGAAUGAGAUUAGGCUCUUGGAUUGGCCAAGUAAAAGUGCUGGGUUUGUGGACGUGAAGCAGUGCGCCUGGCUUGGAUACCCAUUGAAUUACUAUCUGAAGGGUGGCAAGUAA